AUGGCGUCAGAAACGAAACAAUCUUUGACGGCUCAGAUAACCGCUAUCCUUUCUUCAGAUAAGGAUGAAAGUUCUGACAAGAGGUCCCUUGCGUCGACGGAGAAAAAUCAAAAAUCAAAUGACGAUUACCAAAUAGUCGAACUGUCACAGGAUGAACUACUUGUUGAGUUUCAGCAGAACUCACCAAAAAACCCACCAAACUGGGCCUUUAAGAAAAAGCUGUACAAUGCGGUUGUGGCGCUAUUUGUUGUCCUCAAUAGCGGCAUAUCAACCGCACUCCCUAGCAAUGCAGUCCCCACUAUCAUGCAGGAGUUCCACGAGUCCGGAGACCAGCAAAAGGUCUUACCCACCGCGGUCUUUCUCGUUGGCUAUGUGGUAGGACCUCUGCUAUUCAGUCCAUUGAGUGAGACUAUUGGACGGAAACCUGUCCUCGUCUGGUCAUUUGCUGUUUUUGUUCUCGCUACGCUUGGCUGUGCUCUAGCGCCAAAUUGGUCCUCUCUUCUCGUCUUUCGGACUAUCUGCGGUCUGGUAGGGGCUGCUCCUCAGACGGUUGUUGGUGGUAUCUAUGCAGACCUGUUUUUUGAUAUGCGGACUCGUGGUCGUGCUAUGGCAAUGUAUAUGUCGGCUUGCAGUUUUGGUCCCAUUCUAGGCCCGAUUAUCUCUGGAUGCUCGGUAAAAUAUGGUUGGCGAUGGACUUUUAGAAUCGACCUGAUUCUAACAGGUGUUACCUGGUUGGCUCUGCUGUUCACAUCUGAAACGUUUGGCCCAGCGCUCUUGAAGCAACAAGCUGCCAAAUUGAGAAAGGAGUCAGGGUCUGAUCGGUACUUCUCGCGUCAGGAGCUUAACCUGGACUCGAGAUUCACCCCAAUGGAGAUUAUCACUCGUCCCAUCACGAUGCUCUUCUGUGAGCCUAUCAUCACCUCAACAUCCAUCUAUAUCUCCCUCGCGUAUAGUCUGGUCUUCUUUUAUUUCCAGGCCUAUCCCAUCAUCUUCGGAGGUGUCUAUGGUUUCACCGUCGAGCAAACUUCCUUCACACUCAUCCCAAUUGGUGUUGGCGCCGCCUCUUCCGGCUUCGUCGCUCUCUACUACGACGUAAUCUACGAAAAGGCCAAAAAGCUCAACAAAGCCUGGACCUCCAGCCCAGAAGUCCACCGACUCCCCAUGUCCUGCAUUGCCGGUCCUUGUCUAACUGUCAGCAUGUUCUGGCUCGCCUGGUCAGCAAAAUCAACCCUACACUGGGCCGCACCCGCGAUGUCAGGGUUUGUCUUCGGAUUCGGAUUCCAAAUCAUCUUUAUUUCGCUUCUUACCUACGUCACCGACGCAUACAAAAUCUACUCGGCCAGCGCACUGGCAGCUUCCGUUAUUGUGCGCAGCAUUGCUGGUGCGCUUUUCCCGCUGGCUGCUGAGCCGCUCUAUGAAUCUUUCGGGGUUGCUUGGGCGACUUCCCUCAUUGGGUUUAUCAGUCUGGCUUGCAUUCCCAUUCCUUUUGCUUUGAUGCGGUGGGGUCCUUGGAUUCGAGAGAGAAGUCCUUUCUGUCAGAGGCUGAUCUUGGAGGAGAAACUCAGGGCUAGUGGAGCGAGUACACCUGCACAGGUAUAG